ACGAGUAGACGCUCAGUCUAGGUCUGUAGUUCCUAGCGUCGGGGAACCACGGAGCAGAAGAUAAGACGCGACGGUUUGUUUUGUUUUGACGUACGUCUUGUGGGGAUUUUUCCCCCCGUUACCUGAAAAAAAUUCCCCUAAAACUUCGCAGUGCUUCAUUCUAUCUUCGGUUACGUGCCGGUAAUGUUUCGGGGAUAGAGGGAGUAGUGGAUGAAUAUUGUGUAAAAUAGUGUGAGAUUGUUGUGAUUUUGCAAAACUUGGUAAUUUGUUAGGGUUUGUGAUUUGUAAAUUGAAAUUGCUCGGUGAUGAAAAACUUGUGAUAGUUCAGUGGAGAUUCGAGGAUCAUUUAGGUUUUUUGUGUUAUUAGAACUACAUAUUUGGUUUGUUUUUGCUUACAAUUGUUGAUGACUGAUAAAUGUGAAGUUAAAGUUCCUGAAUUUGGGUUGAAUUUGCGGUUGAAACUUGUAAAUUAGUACCUGUGAUAUAUAGUUCAGUAUUGAAUACUAGUGAAUUGUCAUUUGACUUACAGAAUAAAUUUGAUUGAAUAUCUGAAAUUGAUAUUAAUCGCGUCAUUGAUUGAUUGAUUUUCGUAUUUUAUACAGAAUUUUAUCAGAUAAGAAUAUCAAACUUUACGAAAGUCCUGCACUGAAACACCUCUAGCUUGUGAUCCAGAUAUCAAAACUUUAGAAGAACUGAAAUUUGAAGCGAAAUAUUUCAAUGUGCCAUAAUUCGAAAUAUCUUACUCCAAGAACUGUUGUUUGAUUGUAGAUGAAGAAAUACUGAUCUCAAAAUUCAAUAGGAAAGUUAUUUAAACUUUUUUAGAACAAUUGGGUGAUUCAUUAAAACCUACAAUAAUUUGUUACCAAAGUACUCUCUCAUUUGAUAAGUCGAGUUGAAUGUAGUUUUUCAAUUAUUUCAAUAAGCUUAUGAUAUUGUGUUAUCUCAAGUAUACCAUCUCCAAGAAUUUCGUUAAAUAGAUAUCAGUGCUGAAGCUCCAGCCAGGAAAAUUUCAUUCAAAAUUGACAAUGAAGUCCAUAAUGUGUCAUACAUUUUUCAUUCUCGCCUCAAUCUGGAACGGAUUUGAAUAUCAGUGCAUGUGAUUUGUGAUUGGAGAAGAUUCUCUUGAAUCAGAUUAUCGACUAAACUAGUUGUAGUCUUGUGUUUGGGUAUCUAAGACGUGUGUGAAUAAUGCAAAAGUGUUGACUAAUUAAUGUAGUUUCAAAAACGGAUCACCUAUGACAAUAUCACAACUAUGGACGUAUGGCGGCAUGUACUCUUUGAGCGAGUGUUACUUCGCGGGCAAAGGUGCUGCAGUGGUUCUGCCCCCUAACCAGCGAGCACCGCCUCCCUCACCCCUGCCCCACCCGCUGCCGCCACGACUGCCCCCGGGGGCGGGAGGUGCUGGGUCGGGGCUGGGGGUGCAGGGGGACCCCCAGGUGGAGGCGGCUACCGCCCCCCGGCUCAGCCCCCCCGGGGGCAGUGACAUCCAACAGCAUCUACAGUCCAUGUUCUACCUGCUCAGGCCUGAGGAAACACUCAAAAUGGCUGUGAAACUAGAGAGUGUUCACCCUGAGCGGACGCGAUACCUGGUGGUGGUGUCCUGCUUGGGCAAGCAGCAGCGGGGAGAGAGGGGGGCGGAGGAGAGCUGCUUGCUGGGCAUCGACUGCAACCAGGAGACGACCGUCGGAUUGGUGCUCAAAGUCCUCGCCGACACCAACAUCAAACUGGACGGUGAUGGUGGCUUCAAAGUGAACAUCUGCAACCGUCAGCACAUCUUCAAGCCUGUUUCAGUUCAAGCAAUGUGGUCGGCACUGCAGACGCUGUACAAAGUGAGUUGCAAGGCGCGUGAGGAGAACUACUUUGAGGGCGGCCUGACGCACGAGUGGGUGGCCUACUAUGAGCGCCGCAUCAAGUCAGAGCAGUCCUGUCUGAACGAGUGGCACGCCAUGGACAACUUGGAGUCCAAGCGACCUCCGUCGCCUGAUUCGCUGCGCAACAAAUCGACGCAACGCGAGUCGACAGAGGAGAACAUCCGCAGCAAGCUGAAAGAGAUAAUGAUGACGGUGGACCUGGACGAGGUGACGUCGAAGCAGGUGCGCACGCAGCUGGAGGCGGCGCUGGCCAUGGACCUGGGCGAGUACAAACCAUUCAUCGACCAGGAGAUGCUGGUCAUCCUCGGCCAGAUGGACGCCGCCACCGAGAUAUUCCCUCACGUCUACCUCGGCAGCGAGUGGAACGCCAGCAACCUCGACGAGCUCAACAAGAAUGGAGUUUGUCAUAUACUGAAUGUUACCAGAGAAAUCGACAAUUUUUUUCCGGGAAUGUUUGACUAUUUGAAUAUAAGGGUGUAUGAUGAUGAGAAAACUGACUUACUUUUGCAUUUAGAAAACACCUUCAAAUACAUCACAAAAGCACAAAAAGAAGGUUCGAAAGUAUUAGUGCACUGUAAGAUGGGCGUGAGUAGAUCAGCGUCAGUGGUGAUAGCCUAUGCCAUGAAGGCGUACAACUGGGACUUGAAAAAGGCGAUCGAAUAUGUUCAGAAGAAACGCAACUGCAUCAAGCCCAACAAGAGUUUCAUCACACAAUUGGAAACAUAUCAGGGUAUACUAGACGCUAAGAAGAACAAGGAGAAGCUGCAGCGUGAGACGACGGCAGACAGCCGACGCAGUGUGAGUGAGGGAGAGAGCGAAUCGGACAGCAGCGGACAGACGUCGUCGGGAGUCGGACGCUGCCGACGCCUCAUGGCAUCCGACGCCGGCUCCGACCUGAUGGGUCGGAUGGCUGGCCGACGACCUAAGAGCUGGUCGCCCGAUCAUGCCACCGCUAACGCACUCUUUCCUAGGCAUACGCCGCAUGGUGCAACAACCCUAUCGCUGGAGCGGUUGACCAACGAUGACGUAGACCGUCAUCAGCCGAAAGGUCAGCGCAUCAGCUGUUCGGCGUCAGCAGUCAGCUGUUCCACAUCAGCUGUCGUCAAGUCGCCUCCCAACCAAGUUCCUUCCCUCUCACUCCCUCCUCCUGCUCCUCCUCCUACCAGCAUCACCACCUUAGCUGCUCCUCCUCCACCCCCUCCACCCACACUUGUUGUUGCCAGCAAAGUGGCAGCGAACGGAGGUGACAUCAGCAGCAGUAGCAGUAGUCUAAAUAGUAGCAGUAGCAGCAUAGCGCAUGCGCAGAACACAGCGUUGACACGUGCCACCGAGGCGCACAACUACAACAUCAAGGUGCAGAUGCUGAGCGACAAUGGGCCGCUCUACAGCGUGUCGCAGAACAAGAUACUGCAGCUGUCUUCCAACCAAAGUCAAGAAUCUGUGAUGGCCGCUUCGGUGAAGCACCGCGUGAACGCUCUGGAAAGCGCGGCGACGGCUGGCGAUAUGACGUCAUCAACUUGCUCCUCAUCAGUGACGUCACUGCUGCCUUGCACGACUCCCAACCUGGGUCGCAAGGAGCGGAAGGCGGCGCCGGGACUCGUCCUCAACCUCACCUCGCAGUUCGAGGAGGCUCCUCCCCCCACCACUCUAGUCAAGAAAGAAGAGCCCUGGGAUCCGGGAGAGGGGGGCACCGAGGACAGUAGUCGACCAGCCGUGGUCGAAGUAAAGACAGUUAGGAAGUUGAGAGGUGGAGUCGAUUGUGAUCCCUUUUCAAAUCGUUUAGAUCGUGUGUUUGACCGUGAGGAACGGAAGCAGCAACGGAAUGUUCCCAGUGUUGUGACGGAGGAGGACGUAGUAACUGUUCCGGUUACUGACUGUGAGGUGUCACGGCAGAGUAGCUGGAGUUCCUACGAUAGUGCCGUCGUUCUCAGGGACUGCAUCUCGAGGCAGAGCUCGUGGGGUUCGGCUGACACUCGUACCUGUACUCUUCCCUCCCGCAACAGCUCGUGGGGCUCCUAUGAUCUCAGACCCGACUCGACGACGGGCACUGUCAAACGCACCAAGCAGAAGCUGGAAGAGGGAAGUGAUACUGUCAAACGAGUUUGUCCCGACACGACAGACGACCGACUCACCGCUCGUGUUCCUUCCAACGAAACGCUCGACGCUAAGAGCAACAACAAGGAAAACAAUAGUGGCAACAUCACCAGGAGUGUAUCAGUCGACGAGUCCAAACUUAGUGGUAGUACCAACACAAACACAAACACUGAAGACGGUUCGUCGUCACCUCAUUUAGUAGAAAACCAAAAGUGCAUUUCGGGAAUUGUCAAGAAUCUCAAGAAGGAAUUCGAAGCGAAAUCGGUGGGCAAGAAGUGUGACAGGAGCUCGCCCACUGAGGAAAGCAGUAAGGAGGAGUCUCGUAGUUUGCCCUCGUCUCCUGUCAGUGAUAAACAUCCACCUCGAGCAACAGCUGACGAUUUGUCAGUAAGGAAACUAGUGGGCAAAUACGAGGAUCGUCCUAGGUUAAGUUGUUCGGAGAGUGAGAAGCGCAUCUCACAGCCCCCCGUCCCUUUGAGGAAAUCGAGUCUCGAUGUGCAAUCGCACCCCCCCAAACCGCCCUACAUCAACCCCAUCGUUCACACGUUCACCAACCUGGCGCCCGUUAAGAGUAGCAAUUUUCCGCUCAAAAAUUCGCUUCUUCUGACGCACAACUUGAAGAACUCGGCCGGACGACCACCAACCUCCAACCACCCUACGCCCAGUGUGGUGGCUGCCAGUGUGGUCGCCAAGGCGCAGAGCAAGAAGCAGCAGGGCAAGAGCCACCCCCUGGCUAGGCUCCCCAUCAACAAGCGCCACAACAACCCUGUCUACAACACCAUGUGAACUACUAUUAUUAAACACAUCUGUUAUACAGGUGACUGCCGAUCUGAUAUUGUAUCCUUGUAAAUUGACUUGUAUUAGUACUAUACCUGCCCUUCCCCAUGUUGAUAAUAAUACGUACAAAAUCAAUCAAUUUGAAAAGAAUUGAAAACGUGUAACAACAGACUGCUUAAUGUUAUUAUUGUUGAUAAUGAUGACUAUUUUCCCACCCCUUACACAACAUACAUCCGUUCUAAUAAAUUAUUACAAUUAUCGCUGUUAUUAAAUAGAAAAUAUUUAUUACCUGCAAAAUCUAGACACUGUGUUAAAUACUGAAGAGAAAAGCAUAUUAUGAAAACUUUUUAUUCCUGAAAAAAUAAUGAACCGAUAACAAUAAUUUUGAAGAUAUGGUACUAAAUGUUUAGUCCGCCUUUAAAGCGUUUUCAUAUUUGUAUUUGCUUUGUAUAGUGUUAUAGUAUUUAUAAAUGAUUUUGUAAAGUGUAUGUCGUGUAAAUGUUUUGUUUACAGCGAAAGUCAAACGAAUAAACUAAAUUGUAUUUUAUUUCAAAUUUUA